AUGCCUCGUUCACAAAGCAAGGCAACAAGAGCAAUCCUUGUUAUGUCGACAUUGAUGCAAACUGCAGGACUCGACUCUCCAUGGGUGGCCGACGAUCGUUCGAUGCUUCUGUUCUUGGUCAGGAUUACAGAGAACAUUUGGCCGACACUCGGACUUCACCCCCGUGACGAGCCAGAACCACGCUACGACCCACUUCAAAUCCGCCUUGUUCCGAUGCCGCCGCCCGAUCAACACGGAUAACCGGUGGUUCUUCAGCUUGAGGCCUAGGUGCCGACUCCGUUAUAUAAGGCGCUUUAGACUUGCGUUUAAGCAACAAACACAAAUAUCUCUUUCCUGUUGUCCAGGUCAGACACUGCAUGUCUUCUGUCAAUUCUGCGUCAAAGUUUCGUGUUGCCAUCAUCGGUGGUGGAAUGGGUGGUCUAGUCCUUGGGCUGUGCCUCAAGAAGUAUGCGUUGGACGUACAAUUCGACAUAUACGAAUCUGCGGCCAAACUUACGGAGGUUGGGGCCGGAGUCUUGAUGUCCCCUCGUAUUUGGACGAUCAUGCAAGAGCUCGAGUUGGAGGAAGAGCUAGUGAAGGUUACGGGAGCAGUGGACCGUGCUGGAAGCGAUAUAUUAUUUCGGAAGGGAGACGAGGCGAAAGUGGUUGACAUUGUGAAGCUCCAUCAGCUGCACACGUUCCAGAGAUCCGUGCUCCAGCAGAUCCUAUCAGAGAAGCUCGAUGCCAAGGAUAGGAUUCACUUCUCAAAGCGCCUCACGUCUUACUCUGAGCCAACCUCCCCCACUGAGCCCAUCAUCCUGCAUUUUAAGGAUGGGACGACGGCAACCUGUGACAUCGUUAUUGGCAGCGACGGUAUUCGUUCCUCCGUGCGCCGCACGAUGUUCGCUAAACUUUCCGAUGAAUCGGAAAGGCACGGUCAUAUCGAAGACGCAUCACGUACUCGCGUCAUGGUCGAGCCGAUCUGGUCCGGUCAUGUUACAUACCGUGGUUUGAUACUAGCGAGCGAGCUCUCCGAGGAUCUCAGGCGAUUUGCAUCUACGCCUCAGAUUCUGUGCGGAAAGGACAGGCACGUUGUGUUGUAUCCAGUAUCCGGCGGAGAACUUGUGAACAUCGUUUCUAGUGUGUACACGCCUGGAUCGGGUACAGUAUAUGAUGGACCUUGGGUAGAGACAACUACCUCCGAUAAAGUCGCCAAGUUAUUCGAGGGAUUUAAUCCCAACGCUGUGGCCCUGAUAAAGUCACUGAGGGAGCCUUUGGGCUGGGCGUUGCACACAGUACCUAAACUGACUACAUACAUCAAGGGAAGAUACGCGCUCAUUGGCGACGCCGCCCAUGCAAUGGUCCCAUACCAAGGUGCCGGCCUUGGACAAGCAAUUGAGGACGGUUUCGUUCUCGCGAAAAUUCUCGCACAUUCCUCCGUCACAUUGACGAACGUGUCCGAAGCGCUCAGGAUCUACGACGAUGUCCGCAGGCCGUUCUCACAGAACGUGCAGCAAGGGUCAGAGUGGAAUGGGAUGCUUUACCAGCUGAGGCGAGCUGGUUGGGAGGAUAUCAGCGUCGAAGACAGCGCGGCCGGUCGGUACCCACCUGAGCUGCUCAGUGCCUUCGAAAAGGAUGUGAAGGCGCAGAUGGAGUGGCAAUACGAUCCUGGAGCAAGUAUCAAGGGCGACAUCGCAAAGGUUUCUGGUAUGUUGGAGACCCUUUCCGCACAAUGAGACUCCUCACGCUAUACGUCCUUUCAUGUUGGGUAUGUAGGCGAUACGAAGCGAUCGAGUUAUGUCUGGACAUGUACUGAAACCAUGGAAUUGCUUCUGCGAUCUUCCG